UGUGCAUUUCCUUACAAUCAUUUGAAACACCAAGUGAUACCAACCACAGCUGUGAGUGUUCUUUUGCAAACGUUGCAAAAAAUAGACGAAUAAUGGACCCAACGAAUGGCUGCUCAGAACUCAAGAGUCUGGAAAAACGGUUCGCUACAAAACAACCCCUGGUAUUUUUUGUCAAUGGAAAGAAGAUUAUCGACGAUAGUCCUGACCCGGAAUGUACCUUACUUGUGUAUUUGCGGGAAAAGCUGCGACUUUGCGGCACGAAGCUUGGAUGCGCUGAGGGAGGCUGCGGAGCGUGUACCGCCAUGGUGUCAAAGGUAGACAGAAAAACGGGUUUGCUGCAUCAUCUUGCGGUCAAUGCCUGCCUCACGCCCGUCUGUGCAGUCCAUGGGAUGGCCGUGACAACUGUCGAGGGAAUCGGCAGUACUCGAACCCGUCUGCAUCCUGUCCAGGAGCGCAUCGCCAAAGCCCAUGGUUCGCAAUGUGGUUUCUGCACUCCCGGCAUUGUGAUGUCGAUGUAUUCGCUGCUCCGCAGCUCACCCGUUCCGUCAAUGAAAGAGCUCGAGGUGGCCUUUCAGGGUAACUUAUGCCGCUGCACCGGGUAUCGCCCAAUCUUGGAGGGAUAUAAAACUUUCACCAACGAAUAUGGUAACAGCUGCGCUAUGGGAGAAAAGUGCUGUCGCAAUGGAAACGGCAACGGUUGCGCAAGUAACAAAGACCGUUUGGAGGUAGCAACUGUGCUUUUUCAGCCCCGGGAAUUUGUUCCGUACGAUCCGUCACAAGAACCGAUUUUCCCACCAGAGCUGAAGCUCUCCGAUAAGUUGGAUUUGAAUUCAUUUGUCUUUCGAAACUCUCAAACCGCCUGGUACCGACCAACAACUCUUAAUGAUUUGCUUGCGUUAAAGCAAGUGCAUCCAGAGACAAAAAUUGUAGUUGGCAACACGGAGGUCGGCGUCGAGGUUAAAUUCAAACAUUUCGAGUAUCCCGUUCUUGCCUACCCAUGCCAGAUAAAGGAGCUGAUUACCAUAGAGCGUCAUGAUCAUGGUUUGAAGAUAGGGUCAGCGGUCACGUUGAAGGACAUGGAAAAUGCAUUACGAAAGGAAAUUGCAACUGAACCGGAGUCAGCGACGCGCCUGUACUCGGCUAUUGUCGACAUGCUGCACUGGUUCGCAGGCAAACAAAUUCGUAAUGUUGCGUCGGUGGGAGGAAACAUUAUGACUGGGAGCCCCAUUUCGGAUCUAAAUCCUAUCUUCACUGCGGCUGCAGUUGAGUUGACGGUGGCAAGUUUGAGUGGAGGAAUCCGCACGGUCCACAUGGGUGAUGGAUUUUUUACAGGCUAUCGAAAGAAUGUGAUUCAAUCACAUGAAGUCCUUGUAUCGGUGUUCAUUCCACGGACAACGAAAUAUCAACAUUUUAUUGCACAUAAGCAAGCCAAACGCAGAGACGAUGAUAUAGCCAUUGUGAACGGAGCAUUUAACGUCCGUUUUGAGCCGAAUUCGGACGUCGUUGAGGAGCUUCAUUUGGCAUUCGGUGGUAUGGCGCCUACAACGGUAUUGGCCAAGAAGACCGCACACGCUUUGAUAGGGGCCCGAUGGGAUGCACUGCUAGUGGAACGUUGCAACGAUCUACUGGUGAAGGAACUCCCUCUCAGUCCCUCGGCCCCAGGCGGAAUGAUUGUGUAUCGUCGUUCACUGACGUUGAGCCUCUUUUUCAAAGCGUAUCUCGCAAUAGCUCAGGCGCUCGAUAAACAACUAAUUCCAGGUCGGCAGCCUCUUUGCGAUCGCGAAAAGAGUGGGUCCAAUAGCUUCCAUACAUUGGCACCCAAAAGUGCGCAGCUUUUUGAAAAGGUUGCAAGUGAUCAGCUGAUCACCAACCCAAUCCGACGACCAGAGGUACACGCAUCGGCCUUCAAGCAAGCCACGGGAGAAGCUGUCUACUGUGAUGAUAUUCCAAAGUUCGCGAACGAACUAUACCUAGCAUUUGUGUACAGCACAAAGGCUCAUGCCAAAAUUUUAUCUAUUGAUGCUUCGGAAGCGUUAAAAGUUGAGGGUGUUAGCCGAUUUUUCAGUGCAGCAGAUUUGACCGAAGAACAAAACAAAGCUGGUCCUGUGUUUCAUGAUGAGUUUGUUUUUGUAAAGGACACCGUUACUGCCCAGGGACAGAUAAUCGGCGCUAUCGUAGCUGACAACCAAAAAAUCGCUCAGCGAUCAGCACGAUUGGUGAAAGUUGCGUACGAAGAUUUAGAGCCAGUGAUAGUUACACUGGAAGACGCCAUCAAACAAGAGUCUUUCUUUCCUGAUUUUCCUCGAACCAUCGCCAAGGGUGACGUAGACAAAGCUUUAGCCGAGGCAGAUCUUAUAGUUGAAGGUGACUGUCGCCUUGGCGGACAAGAGCAUUUUUAUUUAGAAACCCAAGCGUGCCUCGCUGUACCCAGAGAUUGUGACGAGAUUGAGGUAAUCAGCAGCACGCAGCAUCCUACAGAAAUACAGAUGCAUGUAGCGCAAACGUUGGGCAUUCCUGCUUCUAAGGUGGUGUCACGAGUAAAACGUCUCGGAGGAGGUUUUGGUGGAAAAGAGUCUCGAGCUGCGAUCGUCGCCAUACCUGUUGCUUUAGCUGCUUAUCGGUUAGGAAGACCUGUGCGUUGUAUGCUAGAUCGAGAUGAAGACAUGGCUGUAUCAGGUACUAGACAUCCGUUCUAUUUUUACUACAAGGUAGGGGUCAACAAAGACGGCACUUUGGUUGGAGGAGACUUUAAGGCUUACAACAACGCUGGUCAUUCUAUGGACCUCUCCUUUGCUGUACUGGAACGUUCCAUGUUUCACAUUCAGAACGCCUAUCGCAUUCCAAAUUUGCGUGUGCGAGGAUGGGUUUGCCGUACAAAUCUUCCUUCAAACACUGCAUUCCGUGGAUUUGGAGGACCACAAGGCAUGAUGGUGGCAGAAACAAUGAUGCGUCACGUCGCACGAACGCUUAAACGAGACUACGUUGAUCUAAUUGAACUCAACAUGUACCGGGAAGGUGACACUACCCAUUACAACCAGCUGAUCGAGGGCUGCAAUGUUGGCAAGUGUUGGAAAGAAUUGAUGCAAUCAUCCGACUUUUAUCGUCGUCGAGAAGCGGUGGAUAAUUUCAAUAUAGAAAAUCGCUGGCGUAAACGCGGUAUCCAUUCCGUUCCAACCAUGUUCGGCAUUGCAUUUACCGUACUACAUCUCAAUCAAAGUGGAGCACUUAUUCACGUGUAUCAGGAUGGCACGGUUCUUCUCACCCAUGGCGGCACUGAGAUGGGACAGGGGCUGCACACUAAAAUGAUUCAAGUCGCUGCAUCAGCCCUAGAAAUACCAUUCGAUCGAAUCCACGUUUCCGAAACUGCAACCGACAAAGUGCCAAAUACAUCCGCUACAGCAGCUAGUGCUGGUUCCGAUUUGAAUGGCGCGGCAGUGCUUAACGCAUGCAACAUCAUCAUGAAACGAUUGGAACCCAUACGCAAGCAAUACCCAGAUAAAGACUGGGAGUUUUGGAUCAGCAAGGCUUACUUCAAUCGUGUGUCUUUAUCGGCAGCCGGAUUCUAUGCCACACCGGAACUUGGAUAUGACUUUUCCACAAAUGCAGGAAAAGCAUUUAACUACUACACAUAUGGUGCCGCUUGUUCGGAAGUGGAAAUCGAUUGUUUAACGGGGGAUCAUCAAGUAAUACGCACUGAUAUCGUUAUGGAUCUAGGCUCCAGCAUUAACCCAGCAAUCGACAUUGGUCAAAUCGAAGGAGGUUUUAUGCAGGGUUAUGGUCUGUUUGCUCUAGAAGAAAUGAUAUAUUCACCCCAAGGACACGUAUAUUCGCGGGGGCCUGGAAUGUAUAAACUACCUGGGUUUGCCGAUAUUCCCGGAGAAUUCAACGUAUCACUGUUAACUGGAGCUCCCAAUCCUCGUGCCGUGUACUCAUCGAAAGCGGUAGGUGAACCGCCUCUUUUCCUGGCAUCUUCAAUCUUUUUCGCAAUACGGGAUGCAAUAGCUGCUGCUAGGAAGGAAGAAACCUUAAAUGAAGAAUUUACAUUAAUUUCGCCGGCCACUUCUGCGCGCAUUCGUACUGCUUGUCAAGAUAAAUUCAUCGAGCGCUUCGUUAACAAAGAAGCUUCUGAAACACUUCAACAUGUAGCUUGGAAUGUAAUGCCUUGACGAAUACUUUGUAAACUAUUUGUCUAACUUGUAAACAUUUUUUAGUGGAACAUUUUUCAUAACAUUU